AUGCAACUAUCUCAUAUCGCGGUGGGUCCUUAUCAAGCUGAUGUUAGACGGGUGAGCAUUUAUCAACGUCAAAAUCUUGAAGAUAAUGCAUCACGAACAACACCGUCAGCACUCAGUACCAGAAGUGUUGUACAAAGUCCAUUAACAUUACCAGAAAUUGGAAAUGCAUUUACUGCUGUUAAUAGACCAACAGGAACACGUACUGCAUCUAAAAAAUUAAUUCCACCUCGUCGAAUCUGUAUAAUUUUGCUGAUAGGCGGUAUUAUAGCUGCAAUUCUAACUUCAAUUGCUGGCAUUGUUCUUGCUACUAAAUUAUCACAAUCAAAAUCGACUACUUCAAUAACAACUCUCAUGACGACAAGCACUUCAAUCAGUUCUACCACUACAAGUUUUAUAACUACUACCAGCACAACAAGUACAAUAACUACCACGAGCUUUACAACAACUACCACGAGUUCUACAACAACGACCACGAGAUCUACAACAACUACCACGAGCUCUACAACAACUACCACGAGUUCUACAACUACUACAGAUACAACAACUACCACAUCAUCAAGUACAUCAUCAAGUACAUCAUCAACUACAUCAGAAACUACUUCAACUACAAGUAUCACGACUGAUACUACGACUACAACAACAACUACUACAACUGAAACAACAACUCGAUGUUCGAGUCGUGGUCAUGGCAAUCUAGGAUUAUUAAGUGGCUAUGCUUCAUCUACUUGGACUCUUUAUUCUUAUACAUAUACAGCAACAAGCUUACAACAUAUUCUUAUAUUUGGAUUUAAAGCAGCUAUCAAUCGUACAUGGCUUAUCGAUGAAGUAUCAAUUGUUGAUAAUGCUGCUCCUUCUGUUCAAUUACUUAACAAUCCAAGUUUUGAAAGUUCAAGUACAUCACUAUCUGAUUGGACACAAUGGUGUUCAUCUCACUGUCAUUAUGGUACAAGUGGAAAAUUAAUAUCCGGUACAGAUUGUUAUUCAGGAGUUGGUAAUUGUUUCUCGGACAGUUGUCUUGGUCCUGAUAUUGAUUUUUUGGGUCAAUAUUUUCCAACUACACCUGGAUCAACUUAUACUAUAUCAUUUCAAGCGUUAUUAACAGGAACAGAUGGUUAUUAUUAUACUACAUUUUAUGCUGAUAUACUUUAA